CUCGUGAUAAUGGACCUCGUGCCUCGUGGUUUUGUUUACCAUUAUCAUCGUUUCAAAUGGUUUUCGAAUUUCGGUUUUUAAAUAAAUAAUUUAAUUAAAUUGAAUACUUAUCGGCAAGAUGAAAAACAAACCGCACCGGCAUAAGGAGUACAACACGUUCAGGUUUCAACCAUUCAGUGAAAGGAUAUCAGAAAUUGAUGUCGAUGUGUUCCAUCGUGUGGGGCACAGCAAUGAAGAAAUUGAUGACACUCCAAAAACUCGAUUUGCUCUAGCCAUUGAACGAUGGAACGACUUAAAUAGGUCUGAGAGUUAUGAUCAAUUAUGCUAUAAUUUAAAACCACUGCAGUUGGAAAGCUUACCUCAGCUAUUAGCAAGAAAAGAAGAAAUAUCUCAAGUUUUGUUUAAGUAUUUGGAUGAUUCAGAUCCACUUUCAGUUCAAGCUGCAUUAGAGUUUGUUAUAGCAUUUGCUCAAGACUUACAACAAGAAUUUUAUGAAUAUUUUCCUGAAUUUUUAAGAUUAUGUAUUAAACUUUUACGGACAAAAGAUGCCGAACAAAUAGAAUGGUCAUUUACUUGUCUGGCCUAUUUAUUCAAAUACUUAUGGCGUCUAAUAGUCCGUGAUAUCAAACCAGUGUUUGAGUGUAUUGUUCUUUUACUUGGAGAUGAUCAGCCACCAUAUGUAAAUGAUUUCGCUGCUGAAAGUUUUUCUUUUGUAGCCAAGAAAGUCAAAGAUAAGAAGAACUUUUUAAAAAUGGUUCUUAAAAAUUUUAAAUACAAAAAAGAAAGUAUUUAUGGUUGUUCUAAACUUCUUUUUGAAGUUAUUAAAGGCGUUUCUGGAGGUUUACAUUCUUGUGCUGAUAACUUUUUACCAAUUUACAUAAAUUCACUAGCUAAUACUGAUAUUUCACAUAAUUUACUCUAUGAUGUAUUGGAUAUGUUUUUUGAUCAUUUACUUAACCACGUAGAACCAAAAAAGAGUAUACUUAUAUGGACAACUCUCAAGAAAUCUACAUCAGAAUUUUUGAUUAAUUAUACCAAUAAUCCAAAUGAAAGGACUGCUGAAAAUGUAAAUCAAGUCUUAAUUCUUUGCCAUCGUUUAGUAUCUCACAAAAAUGGUUCAUGUAUUCACAAUUUGACUGAGAUAUUUGAAUGGGUUAUUGAAUAUUUGGAUCAUAAACCUCAAUUGACUCAAGUUCAUUUACAUACUUUGAGUUCUAUUGUAAGCACACUUUGCUUAUCAAAUAUAGGUUUACCGUCAUAUCAAGCCAAUACUUUAAUUGACAAAGUCAUGUCUCUAAAAAAUUUAGAUAUUUUAGUAUCUUUUACUGAGCAAAUGUAUACUUAUAUCAAUUUUGAGCUUUCAGUUAUGCCACAAUUUUUAAAUUUUGUUGCUGAACAUAUAAAAUCAAAACAAGAAUUACCUAAGUCUAUUAUAACAUGCUUAUCUAGAUAUUUUAGUGAUAAUUCACCCUUGAGAUCUUAUGGAUAUGACAAAUGGAGGGUUAAUUACAAAAAUACCCUUUAUGGAAGACAUUAUGACAGUGAAAUAAUCGGGAACUACAUUUUAAAAUGUUUAGGAAACAUUCAAAAUGAUAAUUGUGAAGCUGAUGAUAUACCAUGUUAUUUAAUUUUACUUCAACAUUUUUGUCACAAUGAAACAGAUGCUACAAAUAUUUUAAAAAACCUGUUUGAAUUAACUACUAAAAAAUUAGAAAAUGGUGAUGUAGUAAAUCUAUUAUCUUUCCUCAACAUAAUUGAAACCAUAAUGAGACUGAAAGAUGAUUUUAAUAAUUGGUUUCUUCUUGUUAAUCUAAUAACUCAGUUGAAACCACUUUUAGAUAAUAAAUUUAAAUGUUGCGCUUUGGUAUUAGAAAUAAUUCAUAUUUUAAUUUCAAGUUGUCAAAUUCCUAUAAAUGAUAAAUGUAUCAAAGAUUUAGAAAAGAAACUUAUUGAUUUAUUAUCUUUACCGUAUCAUCAAGUACGCCUAAUAAGUUGUAAAAUAUUAGUUUUAAUUAAUUCACCAACAGACACACACCUAGUAGAACGAAAUAGUCUGUUUAGAUUAUUAGAAACUGUGGAAAAUGUACCAGCUACAUUGAAUGAGUAUCGUGCACGUCUUUUACAUAUACAACAUUUAGACUGUAAUGAUACGUUUAAAAACUCAUACAGAACUGUAGAAGAUGCAUCAGAAAUUGCUGUGAAAUAUCUUUUAGGAAAUUUACAUAUCAAUUUUAGACCAAUGUGGGAUCCAGUUGUUAAACUUAUUGUGUCGCAUUCUAAGUCAUCAAAAACAUUUUGGCCUGUGUAUGUAAAACAUUUAGAACUAAGUAUUAAACAUGAUAAUUAUGUUAUUAAACCUGCAGAACCAAAAGAAGAAUUUAAAAGUGAUUUUAUUUCUGAACGAUAUAAAAAACUAAACAAUACUGUAGAGCGAGUAGAUAUGAAUAACUAUAGGAUCUUAUUAUGGAAUACUAUGUCAGACUUUGGGGAUUUGAUAGACCAGAAAAAUAAAGAUAUUGUAACACUAUUUUUACAGUUCAUAAGGUGUGAAUAUAUGCAAAGCAAUUCCGAAUUAGCAAACAGUUGGAAUAUUAAACAGAAUUCUGAAGAAGAGGAACCUGAUACUGAUAAUGAAGAUAAUAUUAAUGAAAGUAGCUCAGAAGAAACUUAUAAUUCAAACAAAUCUCUUACCAAAUUAUUAUUGGCUCAUUUAAAAUUGAUGUCAACUCUUCGUAAUCCUAAAGGAAUAUACAAAGAGUCUGAAGUUUUUGAUGUUUAUUUAAUUCUUCUAUCAAAUAAAAAUGCAGAAAUACAAAAAGCAGCAUUUGAUUGCUUGUUAACUUAUAAACAAAAACAUGUUACUCCCUACAAGGAAAACCUUUACAGUCUAAUCAAUGAAAAAUCAUUUAAAGCCGAGUUAGUUAUGUUUAGAGUUGACUCUGAAAGUGAAGCAAUAUUAUCAGAACACCGUCCACUUUUAAUGCCCCUUAUAAUGAGAAUUGUUUAUGGUAAACUAUUGAGCGGUGGUGGCCCUAAAUCAGGCAGUAAAUGUUCAGGACAAAAUCGGCGAACUGCUAUAAUGCGUUUUCUUGUUGGAUGUGAAGAAUCUGAACUCAUUGUUUUCAUGCAAAUGGUAUUUAGAGUUCUCAAUUCCCAAGUUCAAUUUUCUGAUUGUCCACUAAAAAUGACUCGACAUAUAGUGAACACUAUUGAUUUGGGUCAUGUUCUACCACCUAGACGUUUGCUUUCAUCAGUCAACAUGUGUGCUGUUAUUUUAAAACAAUGUGGUGCUUUAUCAGGCACAAACGGUCUUUACUAUAUGCUAAGAGUAUUGUUAUGUGUUGGAGCCAACGUAAAGGCUAUGUUAAUGCACCGUUCAACUAUACAUGCUGGUUAUUUCAACACAAUUUCUAAAGUUAGAAUCACCACAAUCGAAACUUUGACCACAUUCUUUCAACAUUUUGAAAAUUUUUCAUGGGAUAAAAGUUUUUUGGAUUCUGUAUUUGAAGUAUUUAUUGAACCAUCACUGAGUAAAAUACCAACAGAGUGCUUACAACAUCCUACACCAUUAAUGAAGUUAUUGGUAGUUUGGAGUCAAAUACCAAGAUAUUAUUGUUUAUUGGGGUAUCCUGUGAAUAAUCUAACAGCAAUAGAAGUAUUAAUAGAUUUAUUAACAUCCGAAAAAACUCAUGGUGGGGUAAAAAAAAUUGUUCUUGAAAUUAUUGAUCGAUUAUUAACAUUUGAUGGAACUUAUAAUGAUGCUAUGGAUGUUGAUGUACCAGCUUUAGAUAUACCUCUUCCUUCAUUACCAUCUGAAUAUGAAGAUGUUUUAAAUGUUGGUUCGCGUUUAUUAUUCCCUUACCUUCCAACUAUUCUUACGUAUCUUUAUAAUGAAUUGUCAAAAAAACGAGGUGUUGGUCUUGCAUCAAUUGAGAUGUCCAUAUUGACUAAAGCUUCUGAACUUGUGCGAGAUGAACAGUCAAGUUCAAAUUUGUUGUCUUUAUUGUUCCCAGUUUUGUUAAAAAAAGCCACCAGUGAUGAUAUGGCAAUCGCCCCAUUAUUUUCCACUGUUAAUUGUUUGGUGUCAAAUGUAGAUGAUGUAGGUACAUUACCUCGACAGUUAGCCACUCUUUUUGGAAGUGUUGUGGGUCAACAUAGCAGAAACAUGCUACUCGAGUUCACUAAAAUCAUUGCUAAAAAAAGUCCGAAAAGUAAUAUCCAUUGUGAUAUACUAUACGAAUUGAAUGCUUGGGACAAGAGGCAUUUGGAUCAACCAGAUUUUGAUUGUAGAAUGAAUGCUUUAAAAAAAAUUAAAACUUUGUUGGAUAAUAAUGAUGUAUCUGUUGAAUUUGGCGCAUUUGUGAUUUAUAAUUGUUUUUAUAUUUUUAAUAAUGUAAAUGACAUUGGGCUCAGGGAUACAGCGAGCACUUGUUUAAAAAGUAUUAGUUGUUAUCUUUGCUUGAAACAUGCAAAACAAUCUCCUGAACGAACAUUUAUACUGGAUUCUGUUCUGUUGCCAUCUAUACGUAAUGGCAUUCAAGGACUUAAAGAAGUAGUCCAAUAUGAAUCAAUUUCACUUUUAGGACAUUUGGCAAGAAAAUGUGCUCAUGUCCAUUUUGUAUUUAAUGAUUUACAACCUUUAUCUAAUGAAACAGAUCUUGAAGGCGAUUUCUUUGAAAAUAUUCAACAUUUACAAACUUAUCGCAAAGUUAAGGCUCUACAUAGGUUUUCUGAAAUCAUGAAAAAAAGUUACCAUUGUCCAAGACCCAACACAAUUAUGCAUUUUAUUUUGCCAUUAGCUAAUCAAUUUUUAUGCUCUACAAAGUAUAAUGCUAAAAACAGUUUAGUUGAUGCUGCUAUCGAUGCUGUUACAACAAUGAGUCGCAUACUCCCAUGGCAGCAGUAUGAAACCUUACUUAAAUUGUACUUAAAUAAAAUGCGUCAAUCAAUCGAUUUCCAAAAACAAACAGUGCGUAUUGUAUCUGGUAUAUUGGACUCAUUUCAUUUCGAUUUAUCACGAGCUACUGAAAGAGAAACUCAAGUUAUUCAAGAAUCAAUUCAUUUAAAAAAGAUUAAAGAUAUUUCACAGAAGGUGACACAAGUAAAUAUAAUUGAAAAGGUUAUGCAAGAUGAUGAGGAUGAAACUCAGAUGGAAGUAGAUGAUGAUGAUAAUGAAGAUGGUGAUGAUGAAAAUGAAAACACUGAGAUCAAAGAGUUAAUAGUAGAAAAAGUUCAUGUUUUGUGUCCCUCGAGUGCAAUAAAAAUUACAAAAGUUAUAUCCAUAGGUUUAUUGCCUCAGUUGAAUAAAAAUCUAGCUCAGUACUCAGAAUCUGAUCGUAGUCAUAAGAUGAAUAAAAAACAAGCAGAAUAUGAUAAAGAAGAAAUGGAAAUGUUAAAAAUUCCAGUUGCACUUGCCGUUGUGAAACUCCUGAAAAAGUUACCAGCCAAUAUGCUUGAAGAAAAUUUGCAAGGUGUCUUUAUGAAACUGUGUACAUUUUUAAAAUCUCGUCUAGAGAGCGUGCGACGCGUGACCCGUGAAACAUUACAAAAUAUAAUGGUAACACUUGGUACCAGCUAUAUGAGCAUGCUUUUGAAUGAAAUGACUGCACUCUUAACACAAGGUUUCCAAGUCCAUGUUCUCAUUUAUACAAUCCAUGCAAUUUUAGUUUCCUUACGAGAACUUUUUGAAAAAGGUCAUAUGGAUGGUUGUCUACCUUAUAUUUUAGAAGUGGUCAAAGUAGAUUUAUUUGGUGCAAGUUCUGAUGAAAAAGAAGUUACAAAAAUAGCUGGAAAAACUAUUGAAGCACGAGGAAAUAAGAGUUAUAAUACUCUACACAUUGCAGCAGAAUUUGUUACUGAAAAAAGUUUACUCAAUUUAAUCAUACCCUUUAAAGAUAUAUUGUACUCAACAUUAUCAUUCAAAAGUAUUAGAAAGUGCAAUGAAAGCUUACGGCACAUUGUCACUGGUUUGGUUGAUAAUAAAUUUGUUAAAACUGAAUCUUUGUUGGAGUUUGCUCAUGGUACAGUAUCUCAAAGUAUCCCUGUCCUAAAUGCAGAAUCCAAACAACAAGUAAAAAAAAAGGAAGAAAUCAAAAAACCUGAUUCAUAUAUAAUUCCUCAAGAACCGAAACGUAUUUCUACCUUAUUUGAUCAAACUGUUUGUGCCCGUACGAAUGCUCAUGAACUCGUACAAUUUGGUCUGAGCUUAUUACAAUUCAUGUUGAAACGUGAAAUGCUUAAAAGUGCAGCGUUUUCACCUUUUGUCGAUCCAUUUGUUUCACUUGUAAUUGACUCAAUGAAAUCUCAACACGUUAAGCUUAUUACACUGGCUCUUCAAUGCAUGAACUGGCUCUUAAAACGAGAUUUGCCAUCUGUGAAAGGAAAUAUAAAAACCAUUUCUAGAAGUAUUUUUGAAAUUAUUCAUAAAUAUGCAACAGGUCAGAACUGCACUGGAGACAAUGCUGAACUCGUUAUGUCUUCGUUUAAGACACUGUCAACGUAUAUUCGAGAAGUAAAAUAUAACAGGCUUGAUAAUGAUCAAUUACGUGAGGCGGUUUUGUACGCUGAACAAGAACUAUCGAGUGUUGAAAAUGGUGGCAGUACCAUAACUACAACUUUUACACUUAUCAAAGCAUUACUUAGUCGACAGCACAAUUGCCCUGAGUUUAAGGAGCUAAUGAAUCAUGUUGCAAAGGCUUGUAUUACUUGUGAACGCGAUGCUGUUCGCACCCAAGCACGUCAAACAUUCUACCAAUACUUGAUGGACUAUCCCCUAGGAAAGGCUUUAAACGGACACAUCCAGUUCUUCUUGACACAGUUAGAGUAUGAAGUACAAAGCGGACGUGAAUCGGCCUUAGAAAUGAUAACUCUGUUGAUAAAAACCUUACCUCCCGAAGUAUUAAGGAAUCAUAGUUCAGCUAUAUUUAUAUCACUUAGUGCUCAAAUGGUCAAUGACUCUGUAGCAUCUUGUCGUAAAAGUGCAGCAGAAGCUAUUAAAAUAAUGUUGGGCAGAUUGACCAAGAACAUUAUUUCUACACUUUAUGAUAUUACUCUGACUUGGUUACAAGGAACAAAAAUAAUUCAUAGGCAGUUGGGUGCUCUACUAAUCAGUUUAUUCGUUACUGUUGAAGGUGAAGAUUUUAAUAGCAGGUUAAAAACAACUCUUCCAAUUCUAUCCAAAUACCUCAGACGUACAGCAGUUCCAGAUGGACCUGGACGUUUUGUUCGAAUUCUUAAGCCCAUUGAAAGCGACCAGAAUUUAGAUCAUUUUUUGUUUCAAUGUCUUCAAACGUGUGUAAAUAUCGUCAGCACUUGUCCUAAUGUUUUUACUAAACCAUCUUUGAAUGAACAUAUCAUGCAUAUUGCAAUGUCUUGUCAAGAGUUAUUAAGAGACGAUCAUGAAUGGGUGAGACUUGGGGCUCUUCAGUUUUUAAAAAAAUAUUUAUCAUCAGUAGAUGUUAAAGUUAUUGCAAUGUUAGCUUCCAAAAAAGAUGAUAAAGAAGAAAAACGAUAUUUGUAUUCUAAUGCUAGACAGAGUGUAAAGAUGUUAUGUUUAGAUCUCGUUGAUCAAAUUAUUCCUGGUCAUGAAAUAUUAGAAGAAAUACUUAAAGAUACUAUGGAAAACCUAUUGUUAUUAUCAGAAAUUCUGAAAUUAGUUCAGUCUAAAAAAGUGAAAAAUGAUAAAAAUGAACUUUCUUUAGGAUGGCUAUUGAAAAGUUUAAAUAAACUUGUAUUUAUAGAAGUAUCAAAAUAUCCUCAACAAUUCACUGUGAGAAAAUCUGUAUUCACAUUUUAUGGUGCAUUGGCUUCUCGUUUAUUACGUUCAAAGUUGAUUUCAGUUAUAAAAAUAGUUUUAAAACCAUUAAUUCGUGAACUUUCAACAACUGAUGAUGCUAGCAUAGAUAUAAGACGAGUAGCCAAAUCGGCAUCAAACAUAAUAAAGAAGAAAUGUGGACCAGAAAUCUUUAAUGAAAAUUGUUCUCUUAUUCAACGGAAUCUAAAUGCUAGGAGAGCACUUAGAAAAAAGGCUGCUUUAUUACAAGUCGUAACCGACCCAGAACUAGCAGCAAAGAGGAAAAUAACUAAACAAGCAAAAAAGAAAGGUACAAAAAAGAGAAGAAUGGAGAAAAUCAAGCAAAAAGAUAUCAAAACUAGGAUUAAAAAAGAUUUAGAUUUGGAAGAGUAUUAUUAAUAUUGAUUUGACUGUUAUGAAAAAAUAAAUUGAACCAAUUGAAUUUUAAAAACA